GCUGCUGUCUGCGAGUGCGAAAAGGCCUGUUGUGCCGUCUUGCCCAUGUGUGCAGUUUCACAGUUCAUCGGCUUUUUGUCCUUUCUAGUGUUUCCAUUGUAUUAACUCAUCUCCCGAUAUGGGACGGCGCCAUGGAAUCCGCAAUUCUAAUUCGUUCGCUCAGAAGAAACGCAACCAGAAACACAAGCAAAAGGAUGUCUGGGAUCCGGCAAAAGCAAGAAUGAAUUAUGUUGACACUGUACGUGAGAGUGAAGGAUUUUCUACUUACUACAAGAAACAAAAUGUAUGUCCUGAAAAUGAGUGGGAGCAGAUGAUGGCAACCCUCAAAGAAACUUUACCUACAUCAUUUCGAAUAACUGGUUCCAAAAUGGAAGCAUCUGCAAUGCUUGAUGUCAUUGAAGGGCAGUUCUUCAAAGAAUUGCUUCCAACUGGUGUUGAUACUGGUACAGAUAUCAAACCACCCAAACAGCUCCCAUGGUACCCUGACCGUCUUGCCUGGCAGCUAGAUAUAUCCAGGAAAGAUAUUCGUAGAUCAGAAGAAUACUACCGGCUUCAUAACUUCUUAAUAGCUGAAACAAGCACUGGCAACAUUAGCCGCCAGGAAGCUGUGAGCAUGAUACCACCUCUUGUUUUAGAUGUGAAACCCCAUCACAAGGUUCUUGACAUGUGUGCUGCACCUGGAUCUAAGACUGCCCAACUCAUUGAGAUGCUGCAUGCAGACCAGCAGCCUGGAGACCCUCCUCCUGAGGGCUUUGUUAUUGCUAAUGAUAUGGACAAUAUGCGGUGUUACAUGCUGGUUCAUCAAUUAAAACGGCUCAGUAGUCCAUGCGUUGUCAUUGUUAACCAUGAUGCAUCUCAGUUACCAAAUAUGCAAAUUCCUGGUCAAGAUGGAAACCCAACACCUUUAAAGUUUGAUCGUAUUUUGUGUGACGUGCCAUGUACUGGUGAUGGCACUCUUCGCAAGAAUCCUGACAUAUGGGAAAAGUGGAAUGCAGCCAAUGGUAAUAAUCUCCAUGGAAUCCAAUACCGGGUUGCUCGAAGAGGCCUUGAACUUUUGGCAGUGGGUGGACGGAUGGUUUAUUCCACAUGUUCACUGAAUCCCAUUGAAAAUGAAGCAGUACUUCAUCGAAUACUCAAGGAAUGUGAAGGUAGUGUAGAGCUUGAAGACGCUAGUGCCUCCCUACCUGGCUUACAGUUUAAGCAAGGGAUGACAACAUGGACACCAUGCUCCAAAGACCUCAUUGGGUAUGAAAAAUAUGAAGAUGUUCCAGAGCAGUGGAGAACCCAAGUGCGGCCAUCAAUGUUUCCACCUGCUAAGGAGGAUGCUAGCAAAUACAACCUAGAUCGGUGUAUUCGUAUUUUGCCUCACUUGCAAAACACAGGAGGAUUCUUUGUAGCAGUUUUAAACAAGGUGAAGACUUUGCCAUGGGAAGCCCGCCCCAAGACAACAGAGCAGAGCUCAGAUUCGGGAGAAAUCAACGAAGCUACAGAAGUCAAUUCUGCUAACAGUCCGCCUGUGAAAAAGCGGAGGACAGAUGAAGCGGAAAGCACAGAGCAGAAUGUAAAUUCAGAUGAGACUAAAGAAGUAUCAGAUGAGGUCAAGCCACCUAAAGGUAACCCCAAGAAAAAUCCUAAAAGCCGAGGAUAUAAGGAAGAUCCCUUUGUAUUCUUUUCUGAGAGUGAAGAAUUGUGGCCUGUUCUUCAGGAAGCAUAUGACUUGAAAUCUGAACUGUCUUGCACCUCCUUCUUGACCCGCUGUGCCGUGGGCAAGAAAAAGAACAUAUAUUUCACAACUCCUGCUCUACGUGAUUUGAUUAAAAAUAAUGAACAGCGAAUUAAGAUUAUUAAUACUGGAGUUAAAGCGUUUGCUAGAUGUGACAACAAAGCAAUGAAAUGCUGUUUCCGUCUAGCUCAGGAAGGAUUGAAGUGUAUUGAAUCUUUCAUUGGACCCAAGCGCAGAAUAAGGGUAGAUAAAGAUGAUCUAGUACUUCUUUUGACUUGCCAGGAUCCUUCAUGUCCCCCUGAAAUUGAAAAAUAUAGUGCUCCUACUCAAGAAGCUCUCAACAGACUUGAGGAUCACGGCAGUUUUGUUGUUGAAUUUGAAGGCAAAACUUCUUUUGGUAGACAACUUGUGACAACAUUAGUUGGUUGGAAGGGUACACGCUCUGUUCGAGCUUAUGUAGGUGUUGAUGAAUGUGUCCACACUCUCAGAUUACUUGGAGAAGAUGUCUCAAAAUAUGAGGUGAAUAAAUUUAAAAACAGAGCUGAGAAUAAAGAGAGUGAGCUUGCUAAAAUAAAUGAAGAAAGUAAACAGGAGACCGAUCAGAAAGAAGAAAAUGAAAAUGACACAGUGGAGGAUAAGGCUACUGUUACAAAUGAUCAUGAAAAUGGGAACCCUUGAGACAUUGCAUUUUGUUUUUAUUUAUAAUAGACGCCUUUUCAAAGAUGACAGCCAUUUAAUCUUCCAUAAAAAAAAGAAAUAAGUAAUGUAAAAAUCAAUUUAACGUUUAUAUCUAAACAUUUGUUAAAAAUUCCAUAAUUAGUUUUUUUAAAAGUCAUAUAUGGAGGGAUUGAUGGAUGCAGGACAAGUAGUUAAGCUAAGAGCUUUUCAAUAAUAGUGGUCAAUCUUAUAAGAAUGCCUUUGGUGUGUUUCAGACAGUUUGAUGUUCUACAGAAUAAUGUCGUACAAUCUCCAGGAUUGUAUGUUCAGCUAUUCCUGAUUUUGCCUAGAAUAUCUUUGCAUGCGAGUAGCACCAUGGUUUUACCUAUUUUUAUUAUAAUUAUUGUUUGUCCAACAAUCAUCUGGAAGAGGCCACUGAAUGGUAGUCAUUCAAUAAAGUUGAUUCAUAAGA